AUGUCUAAUGAGAUUGAAGUGAACGUAUCUGAGAUUGACUUCCUCGAAAAGCUGAAGGAGAGUAAAUACUCCGUGGUUUUCAAAGUCAGUUUCCAGGAGAGAUUAUGUGUCUUGAAAGUGUAUCAUGACAGAGGCCCGUCUGAGCUCGAUCCCCCUGACCGCGAGGUCAAUCUCUUUCGUUCUGAGUCUACUGCAUACUCUCGAUUGAAAUUGAAGGGCUUGUGCAAGAGGGGUAUUAUCCCAGAUUUUUACGGGAUAAUCAGAAAUAUUCCACCGGCUAUUGAUCCAAACCUUGAUAUGUUUCUUGACGACACACUGCCCCCCAAUGCUAUUCUUAUUGAGUAUAUUCCAAAUCUGCAGUCAAUAGAUCUAUCCAACUUUUCAGUAGAACGGCUGGCUAAACUCCGCGAGAUUCUUGAUGAUAUUCACAGGGCACAAGUUCUUCACGGUGAUCCAAAGCCCCGCAAUAUGAUGGUAUCUUUGGGGGAGUACGAGAGGAUACUCUGGAUAGACUUUGAUUCUGCCCAAACAUUGGCAGAGGGUGAUCUUUCACCAAGACAACAAAAAUGGAUCGCAGAAGAGGUUGAGUUGGUGGACUAUUUUGUUGAUGCCUUAGCUGAGGAUUUCAAAGAAGGGAGGCUGAACCGUACAGUUUCGUACUAUUAUGACUGGUACAUAUAG